UGGUAACAUGACGUAAAUUUUGUUAUGAUGUAUCACUUUAACCUUAUUUAAAUUUUAUAGAUACAAUAUAUACAAAAAUAAUAAUUCCAACAUUAAAAACGUUUAUUUUUGUCCCAUAGAAAUACUAAUUGAAACGUUUAUGGAUACAAAAUGGAAAUCCGAAUUAGAAGACCACUCCAGAACAAUAAUUCAUAUAGAUAUAGACUGUUUUUAUGCCCAAGUUGAAGCGAUAAAAAAUCCUAAGUUACAAUUUGUUCCAUUAGGUAUUAGACAGAAAGAUUAUAUAGUUACUUCUAAUUACAUAGCAAGAAGCUACGGGGUCAAUAAAUUCGGACCUGUAAGUGAGGCUUUAUUGAAAUGCCCCAAUUUGGUAUUAGUAAAUGGUGAAGAUCUGCAUGACUAUCGACAAAAAUCAUAUGAAGUUACCUCUUUAAUACAGAAAUAUUCUAAUUUAGUGGAACGUUUAGGCUUGGACGAAAAUUUUGUUGAUAUUACAGAUUUAGUUACAGAGAGAUUUGAACAAAAUUUAAUAACUAAUGUAGUUGGACACACUUUUGGUGAAACAGCUGACUUAUGUGACUGUGGUUGCAGUUUAAGAUUGAAAAUAGGUACGGUGAUAGCUCAAGAAAUACGCGACGAAAUUAAAACAGUAUUAAAAUUAACAACUAGUGCUGGUAUCGCUCACAACAAACUUCUCUCUAAAAUAGCUGGGAAUGUCCAUAAACCAGAUCAACAGACAGUUGUGUUCCCAAACAAUGCGGUGGAACUUAUGCUGAGCCUUCCUUCCAUUUCAAAGAUUCCUGGUAUAGGAAAUACUCUAUCUGAACAACUUGGUACUAUUGACAUAAAUAGUGUAAAAGAUCUACAGAAUACAAGUUUUUCAGUAUUAAGUAAUCUUUUGGGAAAUGAAAAAGCUAAAUAUGUUAAAAAUUUAAGUUUUGGUAUUGACGAAAGUGUUCUCAAAUGUUCUGGAAAACCACAAAGUAUUGGUAUAGAAGAUAGUUGUAAAGUUAUAGGUGUGGAAAAUGAAGUAAAAGAAAAAUUAGAACAACUCCUAAGUAGGUUAGUGAUUUUAUUAGCUGAAGAUGGAAGAUUGCCCAAAACAAUCAAAUUGACAAUAAGGAGGUUUCACAAGGAAAAGAAAAAUAGGAGUACCCGUGAAACAAGACAGUGCAACAUUAACCCAUCAUUGUUCAAUUUCGAAAAUAAAACUCAACUCUCUGAAGGAAGUAUGAAAAAAAUCAUGACAAUUAUAAUGCAUUUAUUUCACAAGAUAGUUGAUGCUAAAAAAACUUAUCACUUAACUUUGUUGGGUCUGGCAUUUACGAAAUUUCUAGAAAAACCAAGUGUUACAAAUGUUCUAACAAAUUUUAUUAAAAAAGAUAUUGAAGUUCAAUCAGUAACAGAUAUAAAAAAUAACAUUGCUACCAUCAAAUCCACAGACCUUGUACCUACCACUUUAGAUGUUUUUCAAGACAGUGACUCCGAACCUCCUGUUAAAAAAUAUAAAGUUACAAAUCGUCAUUUAGAUUCACCGACAGAUUUACCAGUUGCCAAUUUGAAUUUAAGUUCUGAACCUGUUUCCUCAAAUAAUAUGAACCAAGUAUUUGAUGAUUCGAUUAGUGGUACUUCAGAAAGAAAUAUUGAACAAGUUGAAUGUCCACCUAAUAUAGAUAAAUCUGUCUUCCAGGAAUUACCAACAGACGUGCAACGUGAACUGUGGGAAGAGUAUAAACAGGAUAGACAAACUGAUAGAAGAUUUGAGAAAAACAAAAGGUUGAAGAGUAAUAAUAUUUUAAAUUAUUUUUCCAAGAAAUAAUGUGGAAUCGGGACAAUGUUCAACUUAUCUAAAAUUAGUUAUGCAGUCGGCGUUGUGUAUUUUUUUUCAAUUAUUUUCUCUAGUUUUAGAUACAUAUAUAUGAAAAUGUUGUUUUAAUUAUUAUUAUACAAAUAUUUUUUAAUAUAUUAAUUUUUUAAUAAAGGAUAUUGUUUGAAGGAAGUCUAAGAUGCUAA